GUCAAACGUAAGGAUACAAAACAACAACAUAAAACGAAAAGCAGAAUAGAAUUUUCGUUUCUGAAGUGUUCUAAGUUUUUAAUUGAUCCAUGAAAUAUAUUAAUUUUUGAAAUAUAUUGUAAAAAAAUGAGUAAACCUGUUGUUAUUAGUGGUGAGGCUUCAGAAACAGAUAGUGAAGACGAGUUGAAUACAAAAACUCUAAAAAAUGUUAUGAUGCAGUCUGUACAAGGUGCUAUGAUAACUGGUGAAGAUUCCGAAUCUGAAUAUGAAAAUGAUGCAAGCAUUGCCAGUGCUGUAUCUGCUUUGAACCAAUCAAACUUUGAAAAUAAAAAUCACGAAGAGAGUAAAUAUGAUUCAUUGUUUCAUCAGAAAUUAAAGGAAUAUAAUGCCCGUUUUCAUAAUAAUCUGGAAGGCUUUACUCAGAAUACUGUGAAUGAAGCUGGGAGAAAAUUAAAUACGAUAGAUCAGCAGCUGCUGAGAUCCCAGUUGACUCUCCAGAAUGCUGUCACGUCACUUAAAUCGCUUAGCAUAAAUUCUUUAACUGUAAAAAGUAAAUUACAUUCUCUGCUGUCGGCUAAAUUUCUUCCAAAUGUUAAAGUUAAUAAGUGAGAUGUUUCUUUAAAAUGUGAUACAAUUUUAUAAUAAAGCAAAAUGUGCUGUUUAUCCUCUAUAAACAUGUAUUCAGUUAAGCUGGCUCAGAUGAUUGGUUUAUCCAUUUGUUCGAUAAUUUGAAAGUAUGAAUAUUUUAUUUUUCAAAAACGUUUCGAGAAUUUUAAGUCAAUUAUUCUUCCACUAUUAUAUCAUCUUGUAUAUCUAACAAAGACAAAUAUUAAUUCAGUAUUUACC